CACACACACAGACUUCUGGAGCCAGGGAGUGGUUGGUGAAAGGGGGAGGCCAGUUGGAGAACAAACAGGUUGUCAAACGUUGAGUGAUUGGAGCCCAUGGACCCUACCUGAGGGGCUAGGAGUGGUUGGGGAGGAGGAGGAAGAGGUAAGAAAAGGUAAGGAAAGGGGGAGGGGCGGGGUUUUGUCACCUGUCACCUGCUCUGGCUGAGCCUAGGGCGGGCAAGGGGGGGGACCGGUAUAAAGCAGCAGGCGCCUGUGCUCACUCCACCUCACACGCAGCGCCUGCCUGAGUCUGUCCUGCCCCCUCCCCACCCGCGUCACCACCACCAUGACACCGGGCGUCCAGGCCCCUUUCUUCCUCUGGUGGCUGCUAUUCCUAGUGCUUACAGGUGAGGAGCACAGCUAUAGUACCAGGACUGUUGCCAGUAGCACUAACCAUAGCAUAAUUUAUACACAAGAGGAUUUUGUGGGCCUUUCUGCUAUCCAGUUCAGCCCAGGAUCUGUGGUGGUAGAAUCAAUUCUGGCAUUCCAAGAGGGUACCACCGAUGCCCAGAGUGUGAGGACACAGUUUGCUGAGAAGCAAGCAGCAGAAGCAGCCAGAUAUAACCUGUCCAUCUCAAGCGUUAGUGUGAAUGCUGGGUCAUUUCCUUCCUCUGCCCAGCCUGGGUCUGGGGUACCUGGCUGGGGUAUCGCCCUGCUGGUGCUGGUCUGUGUUCUGGUCGCCCUGGCCAUCGUCUAUUUCAUUGCCCUGGCCGUGUGUCAGUGCCGCCGAAAGAACUAUGGGCAGCUGGACAUCUUUCCAACCCGCGACGCUUACCAUCCUAUGAGCGAGUACCCCACCUACCACACCCAUGGGCGCUAUGUGCCCCCUGGCAGUACCAGACGUAGCCCCUAUGAGGAGGUUUCUGCAGGCAACGGUGGCAGCAGCCUCUCUUACACGAACACAGCAGCCACUUCUGCCAACUUGUAGGGGCACAUUGCCUACUAAGCGUCUGUCCAGCCAGUGCCAGUUGCCUCCCUCAGGUUCUUCACUACCAGAACCAACCCCCCUGCCCCGCCCCCACCUCC